AUGGGCGCCGAAACGAUCCUCUCACAUACCGAGCAUAUCCCCGCCUGGGGUGAUUUGACGCUGACUCUGAAGGGUGAGCUGGCCCAUGCAACCAAAACACCCAAGCUGCCAGACGAGAUCAGCGGCCCCCUUGCCUGGAACCCUUCAACCUUUGAGUCUGACGCCGACUACACUAUCACCCUCGACGACAGGGAGACUAAGGAGGUCAGGUCUGCCCUCUCCCACUUCAACGACCUCGACCUUUCUGGAAGCGAGGUUUCUACCACCACUUUCCCGCUUCCCACUCUCGGCCCAAAGCUCAGGCAGGCUGCUGAGGAUGUUCACAACGGAAAAGGCUUUGUUGUUGUCCGAGGUAUCCGGGAUAUGCAGCCCGGCGAGUUCUCACCUGAGGACAAAAUCAUCAUCUUCCUUGGGAUUUCGAGCUACAUUGCCGGUGCUCGGGGGAGGCAGGAUGAGAACGGCAACAUGCUGUCGCAUAUUCGCAAUGCCAAGCUGUCAAAGACACCACAGUCCCAGCGCCCAACCAGAUACUCAUCUCGUGCUUCUACAUUCCACACCGACACAUUCUGUGACAUUCUUGCUCUCCAGUCGCGCAGUAAUGCCAUGGAGGGCGGAGCCACCCUUGUCUCGUCCACCUGGACCGUCUAUAACAAGCUCCAAAAGGAGCAUCCAAAACUCUGCGAGCUCCUUGCGCAGCCCAUCUGGCCUUUUGACAGCCGGGGAAGCUUCUUCCCCUGCAGCACUCGACCUCUGCUGUAUCAUCACGACGGAAAGGUUAUGAUGAACUUUGCUCGCGAACCCCUGCUGGGUCUGGAGGAUGUCAAGCGCAAGGCGGGUCUUCCUGUACUCUCACAGGAGCAAAAGAAUGCCCUCGAAAUUGUGGAGAGGCUCGCAACCGAGGGCCAGAUAAGCAUUAACACUGAGCCUGGUGACCUGCUCUUCAUCAACAACCACGGGGUUCUCCACUCACGAGAAGAAUUCACCGACGCUGUCGAGAACCCUCGCUAUCUCGUCAGAAUGUGGCUCAAGAACGAGGAGCUCGCUUGGGAUCUCCCUGAGGACCUCCAGUACGGCAACUCACGAAUUUAUGACCGGGACAAUGGUCUCGGCGAAAGGUGGAAUCUGGCGGACACUCCCCGUUUUGAAUUCGCCGUGGCUGAGCGGCUUACCUCUUGAGCCGCAUCUAUCUAAUGGGUAAUGAUUGUGAUGACUGAGACAAAGGGCAAAAAACAGGCGUUGGGGACACGGAGUUGAAGCGUAGGAGGCUUGACAAAAGCCACACUUGUUUUUGGUUUGGGUUCUUUUUUUUACGCAUUUUUAAUUUUUUGGAGCCAAAGUUUUUUCACUUUUGGCAGGUGGUUUUCUUGGCAUUCAGGGGUUUGCACGCAGCUUUGGUUUCCGAGACAUUGAGCAGAAUCACAAUCGAUUAUUUUACUUUUUUGGACAGCGCC